AAGGUUUACCAUUCAUUCAUUCAUUCAAUAAAUUUUUCAUCAACAGUACCAAACACCUGACCUGAAUAAUGUUUUCAUUUUUAAUCCUUUUCCCAAUACUUUUUACCCUUUCAGCUUCGACUCCUUUAGCUGCUUCGUUGGGUUCAAAGUCAACUGAUGGUUACAAUAUCCAUGCUGUCCUGGUUGCUGGGUCAAAUACAUACAUCAAUUAUCGCCAUCAAGCCGAUGUUUGCCAUGCUUAUCAAGUCUUGAGAAAUCAUGGAGUUCCUGCUGAAAACAUUAUUGUCAUGAUGUACGAUGAUAUUGCCAAUAACACUGAAAAUCCUUACCCUGGUAAAAUAUUCAAUGCUCCUAAUGGUCCUGAUGUCUAUGCUGGUGUAUCAAAAGAUUAUAUUGGUGAUGAAGUGAAUCCUGAUAACUUCCUUGGUGUACUUAGAGGUGACAAAGAUCUUGCUGCCAAGGGUAAGAAAGUACUCACUUCUGGACCAAAUGACCAUGUUUUCAUUUAUUUCGCUGACCACGGAGCUCCUGGACUUAUUGGUUUCCCAAAUGGUAUACUCUCUUCAGAUUAUGUGAACAAAGCUCUAGUUUACAUGCAUAACAAUAAAAUGUAUGGUAAACUUACAUUUUACUUGGAAGCUUGUGAGUCUGGAUCAAUGUUUGAAAACAUUUUACCCGAUAAUAUAAACAUUUAUGCAACUACUGCUGCCAACUCUGUGGAAUCAAGCUAUUCAUGUUAUUAUGACCCUAAGAUUGGUACUCCUCUUGGUGAUCAGUUUUCAGUUGCAUGGCUUGAAGACUCUGACUCUCAUGACUUAACCAAAGAAACUUUGGCAAAACAAUUCCAAGAUGUCGUGAAACAAACUACAAUGUCACAUCCACAACAAUUUGGUCAAAAGUCUUUGGCUAGUCUAGAAGUUGGUCAAUUCCAGGGUGAAAAGAGUAAGAGUAAGAUUCACAUUCCAAAGAGACAUUCGAGAGAUUUGAUAAACGCUAGAGAUGUACCUUUAGUGAUACUUAGACGUAAAAUAGACCGUACAAAUGAUGCUGCUGAGGCUGCUGUUCUAGAAAAGAGAUUCGAAACUUUGAUUGCUGGUCGACGAUUCCUUGAAUCAAGUAUUAAAAAGAUCGUCUCUCAGCUUUGUUCCUAUGGUUAUUGCUCAGAUGUAAAAAGAGUCAUGUCAACUCGACAACCAUUGAUUAAUCAUUCAACAUACUCAAAAGUAGCUGAAAAGUUUCAAUCAAGUUGCCUUAACUUGGGUGUUCACACUCAUGGAAUGAAAUUCAUGUAUGUUUUUGCCAAUCUUGUUGAAUCAAACAACUUCACUCAGUCAACAUUGGACCUUUUCUUGGAAGAUUUGGAGAGAGCUUGCAAUAAUCACAUUGUUAAUCAUGGAUUCGAAGCUAUUAUUUAAGUUAAUAUAGUUCAAAUCUACCGAUCGUAAGACUAACUAACUUAAAGGUAUUUGUUAUCAUCAUUGGUAAAAAUAAAUAUCAAAAUGAUUAAAUGUAACCUUCAAUUUCUUUGUCUAAGCAAUAAAUAUUAAUUUAAUAUUCCAA